UGGGGCCAGUCCAUUUCCCUGCCUCUUCUCCCUACUGAGCCGUCAGAAGAGCAGGAAACCCUCACAGGCCUGUGUACCUGCAGACCAGGGUGUUGGGUCGGGGUGUCUCUGCUCCUCUAGCCAUGGCCCGCACCAUCGACCUGGUGCCCUGGGACGACUGCUCCACGCAGGCGUGCGCGUCCCCCGCCAUCCUGCUGCCGCUGGAGCCGCCGCGCAACCAGCUGGCUGGCGUGAAGCAGCAGCUCUACCACCCAGCCCUGCCCAGCCUGCGCCGCAUGGACAUGGACUCGGUCAGGGCCUGCCUUUCCGACGAGCACUGCCGGUCCACCACCUACUGCCGCAGAGUUGUCAAAUAUUUCCAGGAACUUUUGGAGAAAGGUCUCCUGAGGGGGCCCACGAUGGCUGGUGGAGGAGACACCUCUUCUCCGCCUCUCCCUCACUCCAUCUCUUCUUCAGAUGACUUUGACAAUGCCCACUUCACACUUUUGGGAGUCCCCAACAAACCCCUGCAGUGCUUGGAUGUCACGGCGACCGGCCAGAGACUCCGCAACAGGUGCCGCGAGGGAAAGCUGGUACCCAUCGUGCCGGGCAUCAACCGGGUCGACUGGCCCUGCUUCACACGCGCCAUUGAGGACUGGUCCCGCUUCGUGUCCUCGGCCGGCGAGUUCAAGCUGCCCUGCCCGAGCAAGAGGGUCGAGAGUUUCAGUGGCUACGCGGUGCGGUACUUGAAGCCGGAGGUGACCCAGAACUGGCGGUACUGUCUCAACCAGAACCCCAGCCUGGACCGCUACGGACAGAAGCCCCUGCCUUUUGACUCCUUGAACGCCUUCCGACACUUCGGCUCAAUCUACAGUCGUGUCAACUAUCUGACCCCCUGGCAUUAAUCGAUGAAAAGGAAGCCGAACCUCAGGCUGCUGGACUAUGCCACUCAGGUUCUCCAGCAGGACAGAGGGUAUAUGGUGGCACCACUCAUUUCCCUAUGAGUUUGGCCUGACUGGAAAUAAAUCUAAUAAUAAUA